AUGGAAUGGAUGAGGAGGUACAUGAUGAAGAGAAACAAUGCGAAGUGGGAGGACUCCAAGGAAAUCACAAGCAACUUGACUCCAUAUGUUCGAAAGUUGUUUCAAAGGAUAAGCUAUGUGUCUAAGAAUUGCAUAAUUCAAGCUGCCAGGGAUGACACUUAUAAAGUACAGCUGAAGGAUGACCAGGUUCUAGUUGACUUGGGAAAUGGGACUUGUUCUUGCAAUCAUUGGCAGUUGACAGGCAUCCCAUGUGUUCAUGCCUUUGCAUGCAUAAUGGAUCAAAGAAGUGAUGUUGAGCAAUAUGUCCACCCCUAUUACACUAUGACCAGCUACAGAGCAGCAUAUGAGCCUGCAAUUCAACUAAUGCCAGGCCCAAAGCACUGGGAGAGAGUGAACAUGAGAGCCCCAGCCACCAGCCUUCAAAGUGCAACCUGGAAGACCAAAAUUGAAGAAAAUAAAGCCGGAGCCUGGUGA